CGAUUAAUUGUUUCCAAAUAAUUAAAAGACAUCUUUGCACAUACAGAGAGAAAUGGAAAUAAAUGAAUAGACAAAAUAUUAACAAAUAAAACAUAACAGAUAAAAUGGGUGUACCAGAAUUAUACCCAGCAGAAACAGAGACCAAUUGAUGUCGACGCAAGAACAGCGACAAUCUUUCUCCGCAUAUCUAUCGGCAAAUAUCACUGUUUAAGAAGAUCAUUAAGUGUGGGUUUCUUGGCAUCUUCCCCCCUGACACUAUGGAUGAGAGGGCCUAUGCCAGUCCAUGGAGCAGAGCCAAUCCAAUGCUGCAAUCACCCCACCUGGCCCAGAACACCUAUGCUGGCCAUGGCUCCUUCCCUCAGUUUGCUUCAGCAUCUCAAGGUUCUCCAAGGUUGCCUGAGUCAGGAAGCCCUUAUGAGAGUUCCUUCUUUCAGUGUAGUACUAACUGUGAAGGUUCUCAGAGGCAGGCUGUACAAGGACACACUUCGAUAUUUCAACGAGCUAAUAUGAACCGAGAUAUUUCUGAGCAAAUGUUCAUGCAAUCCAGUCAAAGUCCUCUGAGUAGCUCCCAACCAAUAAGCAGUUAUGGAGGCUCUCAAAAUAAUGCUCAUGUAAAGGAACAAGAAACAGGCUUUUGUAAUGAAAAUUAUACCUCUUAUGGUGAUGUUUUACCUUCUAGUCAGCCAACAGCUAAGAGAGUUCCUAUGUUUAAGGCAGCCCGUGCCAAAGCCUCCGGUAUUCCCAUUGUGCCUGUUAAAGGAAAGAAAAGAUUGGUAUCACCAUCUCUAGAAGAACCUUUAAAGAGGCAUUCAGGAGUACCAUUAUUUACUCAUUCACAGAAAUCUGCCUUCAAGCCUGUUUCUAAAGUUAGCACCCCAGAGUCUGCCAGUAACUCAUUUCUUUUGCCUACGCCUAAGAAAGAAAGCUGUAAAAAUAAUGACUCGGGUAGUCAACUUAAAACACAACCAUUAAAGCCAACAUUUGGUAAGUCGCACCCCUUUCCCAGCAAGAAAAUCAAGAAAGAAACACACUCAAAGUUAAUCCACCAUAAAACUGCUGCACAAAACGAUGAGGGUUCUGAUGCUGCUCUGACUAACAAAACUGCAAAAAGGAGUGAAAUUGAGCUUGGAUCGCAGACAGACGUGGGUUCUCAUUCAUCCUCACAACCAAUAAAAGAUGAUGUCCUGUAG